GAUGGGUCGGAGACACUCUAGCAUGUAAGCCCGGCCCCUCUUUCUAAUUCAUCUCUCUCUUUCUCUCUCUCAAGAAAACAACGAGAAGACGACGAAACGACCGGAGAACGACAGCCAUUGUGGAACCACCACGGCUUUACUCGGAAUUGAAACCCUCCGGUGGACCAUCCACCACCACCACCACCCCAACCUCAACAAAACCGUAAUCCCACCACAGCGUACGGCGGUGGAGUCCAACCGUACGCUCGAGAAACACCGUACCCCGUCCCCUCACGGCGGCAGGGGUGCCCUCCCUUCCGAAGGCGGUUGCCCUUCCGAUCUCCUCUUCCUCGCCGGCGGCGGCUUAAUCCACCCUUCUCUCUUUUCUCUCUAACCCAACAAUUUAAUUUAUUCUUCUUUGUCCUCUUAAACCGAUUACUGACAAUUAUACGGAUACGUAUACAGUGUUAUAUAUAGAGAGAUCGAUACGGAUACGUUGAUGGAAGAAAAGAUGCUGACCAUAAAAAGGGUACCCACGGUUGUUUCUAAUUAUCAGGUGGGAGGAGGUUCAGAAGAUACCAUGAUCCAGUCCCAAACGCUAACCCUAGGUUGUGGGCGCAAUUGCCUUGGGAAGUGCUGCUUACCUGUUUCUAAACUUCCGCUAUAUGCCUUCAAGAAAGAUGAAUAUGAGUCGACAGAUAAAUUCAGCGGCAGUUCUUGCAGUGGCAGGCGCCCAGUAUCUUUCCUCAACAACUUGCUGCUGGCGAAGUGGGAGGAACGAAUGAAGCAAGGGCUCUUUAGGUAUGAUGUGACCACAUGUGAGACAAAGAUUAUUCCGGGGGAUUUCGGUUUUAUAGCGCAGCUAAAUGAGGGACGACACCUUAAAAAGAGGCCCACUGAGUUUCGGGUUGAUCAGGUUCUUCAACCUUUCGAUGAUACAAAGUUCAACUUUACCAAAGUUGGCCAAGAAGAAGUGCUCUUCAGAUUUGAACAGGGCAAGUAUACCCGGUCCCAUUUCUGCAGCAGCUCACCAGUUAAUGCUGAUUCAAAUUCACCGAAUGUUGUUGCUAUUAAUGUUAGCCCUAUUGAGUAUGGACAUAUCCUUUUGAUACCCCGCGUCCUUGACUGCUUGCCUCAGAGGAUUGACCAUGAGAGCUUCUUGCUCGCCCUUCAUAUGGCUAAAGUAGCUUCAGAACCCUCCUUCAGAUUGGGUUACAACAGCUUGGGUGCCUUUGCAACAAUUAAUCAUCUCCACUUUCAGGCAUAUUACUUAUCAGUGCCCUUCCCAGUUGAGAAAGCCCCUACUCAAAGGAUAAGGAUGGGCAAGGAUAUUCCUGAUAAUGGUGUGGUGGUUUCACAGUUGUUGAACUAUCCCGUGCGAGGUUUUGUUUUUGAGGGUGGACUAAAAUUGCGCAACCUAUCCAAUGCUGUUGCUAGUUCUUGCAUUAGGCUUCAAAACAAGAAUAUUCCUUUUAAUGUUCUUAUUGCUGAUUGUGGGAGAAAAAUUUUCCUGUUCCCGCAGUGCUAUGCCAAGAAACUAGCACUUGGAGAAGUUAGUGAUGAGCUUCUGGACACUCAAGUGAAUCCUGCUGUGUGGGAAAUCAGCGGACAUAUGGUGCUGAAGAGAAGGAAGGACUACGAUGAUGCAUCCGAGAAGAAUGCAUGUAGACUUCUUGCUGAGGUUUCUCUGUCAGAGGAGAGGUUCGAAGAGGUGAAGGCUCACAUCCUGGAAGCUGCUGGUUUGCAGGAGGUGGAAUCAGUGGGUAAUGGCAUGAACGAGGAAGAAUCUCUUCAAAAGCCUCAUCCCCCACAUGUCACCUCGCAUCUAACUCAAGAUUGUAUGGUUCUGCACUGAGAAACACUUGUCUGCUUUCGCCUUUUUGGAAACUUGUUGGAACAUUUGGUACCUCUUUUUAUCGGUUUCUGCUGGAGUAGGUCAUUGUUCUUUUACCAAAGUACUUUUAGUUAUCAGAAGAAACUAGCCGUAUGUUAUUUGGAUGGAAUUUAUGCCAGAAACCAGUCAAAUGUACUUUAAGCA